GCUGGAGGAUGGACAGAUCGUUACAAUAAGCAUAAAACCAUCAUGAUGUUGCCUAUAGUAGGUGAAUGCAUAUACUUUGUUAUUCAGAUUCUUUCGGUAAUAUUUCUUUCCGAUCUUCCUUCUGAGCUUAGUAUCUAUUUAUGUGCAGUCUUGCGUGCGCUUUUUGGAGGUCAUGCUUGCUUUAUGAUGUCCGUAUUUUGUUUUAUGACCUCGACAACUUCUAAGGAGGAUCGAACCUUACGCUUUGGAAUCUUUAUAAUUUCUGUGUUAUUGACAAAAUUUGUAUCUAACCCUAGUGACACAGAAUUGUAUUAUAUUUUCAAAGUUGAUUAUAGUAUUACAACAGGUGUGAUCUUGCAAUUGGUUACCUUACUAUACAUUGCAAUGAUUAUAAAGGAGCCCAAGUCACAUGGUAAUAGUAAUCAACAUAAGGAAAGGAAAAAAACAAACAAUAUGGAUGUAUUCGUGGUUGAAAAUAAUGGAAGAACACUGUCAACAGAGGUAGAAUCAUCAAAAGUUGAACCUCCGUUAGAACUUGCACGACGUCACUUAUUAAGAGAAUUCUUUGAUCCGAUGCUGCUGAUGGAGCUUAUUAAAUUCCCUUUUCAAAGGCGGUCGGAUAAUCGCCGUUCAAUAUUGUUGUUACUUAUUUUGUGUUAUUUACUAACUGUUGGUCCUAGUGAGAUGGAGUCUGAAUACUUGAAAAUACACAAAGAAAAUAAUCAGAGCUGGAAUUUCGAAGGCGAAGAAACACCCAAUACGGUUCGUUAUACAUCAAGUAUUAUCGGAACUAUUCUGGGACUCGUAGUCUUUAAAAUAAUUUUAAAAUUCUCCGAUUUAAUGAUUGGUAUAUGGUCUUCGGUCUUCACUGUCGUGUCUUUCUUUAUAUAUGCUUUCGCAACGGAUGCGACAAAAUUGUAUGUGGUCAAAGUUCUGGAUUUGUUUAGAUAUUUAAGUAUUGUCUCUAUUAAAUCAACUGCAUCUAUUAUUACUCAUGAUGAGGGCAAGUUGUUCGCUAUUUUUAGUAUAUUGCAACUAGUUGAAGAUCACACAUUUCCAUAUAUCUACAAUGCAGUUUACGCUGCCACUUCUAAAUCAUUUCCGGGAGGCGUCUUCGUUCUGAGUAAUUUUUUCUAUGUACCUACUGUGCUGAUAUUCACUGUAUGUUACUUUUUAUUACACCGUCGUGGCACGAAUUUGGCAACGAAAAUCGAAAAUCCCUGAACGAUUUACUUACGUCAC